AUGUUUGAAAGUUUUAAGAAAUCCAUGAUGGUUGAAUUUGAGAUGUCCGAUCUUGGCAUGAUGCAUUAUUAUCUUGGCAUUGAAGUAGUGCAGUCGCCUAUUGGAUUUUUUAUUUCUCAAAAGAAGUACGUGGGAGAAAUCUUGGACAAGUUCCAGAUGAAGGAUUGUAAUCCUGUGAAUACACUAUCUGAGUGUGGCUUAAAGCUAAACAAAGAUAAUGGAGGAACGAAGGUCGACAACACUCUUUACAAGCAAAUUGUGGGUAGUUUAAUGUAUUUGACUGCAACAAGGCCUGAUAUAAUGUAUGCUGUAAGUGUCAUUAGUAGAUACAUGGAGUGUUCUACAAAGAUUCAUCUCUUGGCUACAAAAAGAAUUUUUCGGUACUUGCAAGGUACUAAGGAGUUUGGGUUGUUCUACAAGAAGGGAGAAAAAUUAGAUUUGUAUGGCUUCACAGAUAGUGAUUAUGCAGGAGAUUCAGAUGAUCGGAAAAGCACGUCGGGGGUAUGUAUUCAUGAUAGGGACAGAAGUAGUUUCAUGGUCAUCAAGGAAGCAAUCAAUCUUGUGCCCAUGGAUAUAUUGGAUAGAUGGUUCAAGAAGUUUCAGGAGCGAGCCAAGCGCAAUCCUGAAUAUCUCAAGGGUUUUUCAUUGUAG